UAUGCAUUUUAAUAAAUAGGCAUUUUGCAUAAUGGGUGAUGGAGAAUAUGCAACCUUGUUACCCACUGUAAGAUGGGCACAACGCAAGGAUAUGCUGAGCUUAAAGAUAGAGUUGCAACAAUGUCAUCAUCCUAAUAUUGUACUGAAGACUAAAUCCAUGACAUUCGAGGCCAAAGGCGUUGGAGCAAACGGUGAAAAUCAGUACAAGUUUUCAUUAGAAUUCUAUAAACCAAUUGAUGAAGAAAGUUGUAUUCAUAAAGUCACUGGAUCAUCUGUUGAAGUUUUCUUAACAAAAGAAGGAAUGGGUGAAUGGUGGCCUCAAUUAACUUCGCAAAAAAAGAGUCCCCAUUUCUUGAAACUGGAUUUUGACAAGUGGAGGUCCGAGUCUGAUGAGGAAGAUGAAAAAAGAAAGGAACAGGAAUCGUCUUUCCUGAGAGAAUUGAAGAAUGAAAAGAAGAAAUACGAGGAAACAGUAGAUAUGCUAAGGAGAGGAUAUCUCGUUCUUUAUAACGUCAUACAGUUUCUAGCUCACUGUUAUAUAUUUUUCUUUCUCACUGUCAAUAUUUUUAGAGGUGGAACGAAGCUUUUUCCCAUUGCUUAUGACAGGUGUGGAAAUGCAGUGCAUUUUGCUGUAGUUCUUUCUUUUAUGGAAGCGGUCCAUCCUUUUACUGGAAUAAUGAAAGGCUCUUGGAUCACCCCACUAAUGCAAGUAUUUGGGAGAAAUUUUGCUCUGUUUUGUCUUUGGCUGGCUGCAGAUUUCAUUAAACAUGAGUGGUAUGUCACAGUACUUCUUUUGGCUUGGAGCAGCAUUGAGAUGGUUCGUUAUCCAUUCUAUGUUUGUGAAACUGCAAACAUUCCUUCUCGUAUCGUAACAUGGCUUCGUUAUUCUUUGUGGAUACCACUAUAUCCGUUAGGCGUCUCAAUGGAGACUGUAUUAUACAUACGUGUUUCACAAGUUUUUGCCGAACGUGGUAUGUAUGAACUUAAUAUGCCAAAUGCUUUUAACUUCACCUUCAAGUUCAUCUGGUUGAUACGUCUGUAUGUUGCACUCUUGUUGUAUACAAUUGUAACUGUCAUGAUACCUCACAUGUGGAAAAUGAGACAAAGAAAAUUGAAUGGCAGAAGAAAAUACAAACAACCAUAAUGGCUAGUUAUCAGCAAAUAAACUAUAUAUAAAUUAUGAGCAAUCAUGCUGUGCAUUUUUAACCACCGUAAUUUAGACAAUGAUCAAAAUUUUAGUAAGAAAUUGAAGUACCGGUAUGUGCAAUGGUAUUGCUCAACUUCAAAAUCAACAAUUUGCCAAGAAGUUUCAGCGCUAAUGUUUGAACCAGAAUGAUUGCUGGUCAAAUGUUGUUCCCCUUUUAACACAUUGAGUGAUUUAAUAUUCUUAAGCUACAGCAAUGGGCGGAUUAUAGAUUUUAUUUAAUAAAUUUUAGGAAAUAGCCAUGAAUUUAACCUUUCAACCCAACCAUAAAGAAGCAACAAUCCUGGAUUGGCAGGAAUGAUUCAGCAGUAACAUUUAUAGAUACCCGUACUUAUUUUGUGAAUGCAAAAAAAUACAUCAUAGUUUCAAUGACCAAAUUGUUUGAUAUUUUUGUAAUGUUGUGAUUUUCUUCAAUUAG